AUGAAAGGGCAUAAGCAAGGUGUACAGAGUAGACUUCUGGAUAUUAAUCCAAGAGCAUUUUACACUCCAUGUGCUUGUCAUAGCCUUAACUUAACCCUUUGUGAUAUAGCAAACUGUAACGUCAAAGCUCAGGAUUUCUUUGGAGUAGUACAACGAAUUUAUUCCUUGUUCGCAAAUUCUACAAAACAUUGGAAGAUUUUGAUGGAUAAUCUUAUAGGAGUUACUCUCAAGCCAUUAUCGACCACACGUUGGGAAAGUCGUGUUGAAAGUGUUAAGGCAAUUCAAUCACAACCACUACAGAUCAGACAAGCUUUACUUCGAUUAGCAGAAAAUGACAAAGACACAAAAAUAAGAAGUGAAGCUAAAUCUUUAGCAAAGUACGAGCUUGGGGAUUUUGUGUUUUUAUUAGGCAUGACUAUUUGGUAUAAGAUAUUGGUCACUGUUAACAAGGUUAGUAAGCGUUUGCAAGAGAAAGACAUUCCAAUUGAUGUUGCUAUAGAAUUAGUAAAUGGCUUGAUUGUUUCUUUCAGAAAGUAUAGAGAAACUGGGUUUGCAGAGGCCAUGAUUACUGCCAAAACACUUGCUGCUGAUUUGGAAGUUGAUCCAGUAUUUCCUGAGAAGCGACAAAUCUUUAGAAAAAGAUAUUUUGAUGAGGUUGGAGCUCAGUCAUCAGAGUUAACUCAGCAGUCGGGUGAGGAAAAUUUCAGAGUUCAUUAUUUUCUAUUACUGGUUGAUCAAAUUAUUGGUUCAUUAGAGAGAAGAUUUGAACAGUAUCAGACAUACGAGAAUAUUUUUGGGUUUUUAUUUAGACCGGAAAAGUUAUGUGCAUAUCAUAAUGAUGAUUUAAAAGCUUGUUGUGCUAAUCUUGCAAACAUUCUUAAGAAAGGAAGUUGUUCUGAUGUUGAUGGAGAUGAAUUAUUCGCAGAGUUGCUAAUCUUACAAAAUAUGUUGCCAUCAGAAAAUAUGAAAGCCAUUGACGUAUUGAAUUUCUUGAAGAGGAUGAAUUGUUUCCCAGCCGCUAGUAUUGCAUAUAGAAUCUUGUUAACUAUACCUGUCACGGUUGCAUCAGCAGAAAGGAGUUUCUCAAAGUUAAAGAUAUUAAAAUCAUACUUGAGAUCAACCAUGUCGCAGGAGAGGCUAAACGGACUGGCUUUGCUCUCAGUUGAAAGUGGAUUCUUAGACAAGAUUGAUUAUGAAGAUUUGAUUGAUGACUUUGCAACAAAAAAUGCAAGGAGAAAAGUUUUCCAGUGA